UACUCGUCACUGAACAACAUGGACCCUGGUCCUCUGCCACAUGAAUUAUCUGGUCUGACACAGGUGGAAGAGAUGCUCAUCUCUGCAGUGAUGCCCAUCAUGUCGCUGUACAGACUGCCACAGGGACAGUACGGGUACACAGGACAUGUAGUCAAUCUGCCACAGGAUGUGGCCUCCUUCGCCCACAGUUUGCCACGACUGCCUUCUGACCUGGAUGUCAUUGUUGUGAGGAGGGAA